AGAAGGCGGAUAUGUUUCUUCACAACUCUCUCCGAUAAGAGCCGUUCCCCUGCUAAUGUUUACUGACUGACUGUACACUGCCAGUUGUCCAUUUCCUGGUGGCUGUACACUUCGGACAUUUACGAGACAAUGGAUGAUACCUACAUAUCAAAGCAGAAUGGGGGACACUCAAACCGCAGCAGACUUUUGUUGCUGCUGUUACUGGCAGGACUUCAGCCAGUGUUGUCCUCAGAUGGAGAGACCCCAGAGCUAGAUGAUGACGAUGAUGUGGAAGGACAGAAAAUAAACUGUACGAUUAUCGGUCCGGACUACGUGACUGUGGGUGUGCCGAGCAGCAUUGGGUGUGAUUCCAACUGCCCUGAAUGUACCUACUCUAUGUCUUUGGAUGGACAGACUGCCCAGGGUCAGGCUAAUGUGCUAGCCUUCACUGUUAAUAGUUGGGUGGAAGCCCUGACAGUGGCAUGUACAGCCACAGAUGACCAAACACAACAGACUGCCACAACAACAAAGAAAAUACAAGUGUUAGCUGGACCUGCCAAUGUUUCUGUCACAGGCCCUAAUUUGAUGAAUCCAACAGUGAGUCACACCUACAGUUGCCACGCUAACUGUCGGCCAUCUUGUACCUAUGCCUGGAGAAUUGAUAAAGGUCCAUGGAUUAGUGGUCAUGGCAAUGUUAUUUCUAUCACUCCUCGGGAGAUGGACGACUCCAAAGUUCUCAUCUGCAAAGCCACCAAUAGUGUCUCUGGGCUGUUUGCUGCUGCUACUCGAGACAUAGCUGUGGCAUCUGGUCCAUCAGAGCUUCACAUCAAAGGCCCAGACGUAAUAGAAAUUGCAGAAAAGUAUAUAUUUACGUGUUCUGCUAAAUGUCAGCCUUCUUGUCGCUACAUGUCAUCUGUGGACAGUCAGACUGUGAGGGGCAAUGUGAUCGAGAUAACAGUGGAUCAUCCGCUUAAAUCUGUCACUCUCAAAUGCGAGGCACAAAACACUGCCUCGAGGAAGAUGGCGACUACCUUGAAAACAGUACAAAUAGCAGAUCACAAUCUAUCCACUCGUCCUCAAGUGACUUUAGCUGUGCUGCUGCUAACCUUCAUCAUUUCUACUCCUUUCACACUGUGAUCCCUCUGCACACAGAUCUUUCUAUAUCCUGUGACUGAAUCUGUGGUGAAGAAAGGCAGUUGAACUGUGGGGAAUUAAUGACUCAUGUGCCUGUGAUCUCACACUGCAUAUUAUUCUUUUCCAUUUAUCUCACAUGUUGACAGUGGGCUGAACCUGUUUGCACUCUCUAGUUAGAGAGACAUGGAGAAGCAAUUCAGCGUGUGCAGGAGGGAGCGUGCACAUGAAAUGUCAGAAUUUGUUGACGCUGAAAAUAUUUGUAAGAUUCUUUUACACUGACGUGUUUAAAAUAUUGAAAACUUAAUGUCUAAAUAUGAAUAAACUGCACUGAUGACUUUUUACUAUGACACUAAAGGCAUCUCUUCUUACCAAAUAUGUACAAAGAACACCGUCUCACACGGCAAUAAAAUCUUAAAUAAAUUCAAUAUGUGAGUGUCAGUUUCCAUACAUGAGGACAGGUGUUAGUGAGGCUUCUGCUCAGGUUGCUGGGUGGAGCUAUGCAGAGAAUUCCCAUAGGUGACUAAACCUAAUGAACUAAGAAGAAAG